CUGCGAAUUCGAUCAUGUUUUCAAGAUUUUCCACUUUCACGACGACAUAUUGACUUCGUCGGCAGACUCCUAUCUUCGAUCUCUUCAGGGCUGUUAAGCCGAAAUCCAAUGAUGGAUCCGGCCACUUACAUUAAUCCCUACCUGACCCGGCCGGAUUUACUGGUGCUUCAGAACCUUCUGCGAGAUAUUGACCGCACCAAGAAUCCGGCCUCCGCCCCCUUUUUACACUGUCAAAGCACAUCAAGUGUAGAAAAUGAGAUCGAGUCUUCCUCUAAGCGGAGUUCUAAUAUUAAAGACGAUGGCUUUGUUCAAGAUGACGAUGCCACGAUUAAAUUGCUAAAUGCGCUGAACGAUCCCUCUCAUGAAGACUUUGAGCCAACCGUCUUUUUUACUUGGGAUAUCAAGCAUAUUAAACUGCCUGUCUUCGUGAACGAUUAUUUUAUGCAGCCUUAUAUCCGUCUCGCAAAGAAAGUUGUUCGGGUGGAGACGGAUGUAGUAAUGCUUACACACUUGCUCCUAUAUCUCACAACGUCUCUCCCAAGUGCAAUCUUCCUGUAUUACCGCUUUCAUUGGCUUCAUGGAGUACUACACUGGGUCAUGCAGACUUACUAUGUUGGUACAUACACUCUCAUGAUGCACCAGCACAUUCAUAUGGGUGGUAUCCUUGCCCGAAAAUAUCAAUUGAUUGACUCGCUCUUCCCAUACAUUACAAACCCGCUUAUGGGCCACACUUGGAAUUCGUAUUAUUAUCACCAUGUAAAACACCAUCAUGUCGAGGGAAAUGGCCCUGGUGACCUCUCUUCCACAAUCUACUAUCAGCGUGAUGAUUUAUUCAACUUUCUUUGCUACCUUGGCCGAUUUCUUUUCUUCAUCUGGCUUGAACUUCCACUCUACUUCUUACAAAACGGCAAAGCAAUUUUGGGCAUCAAAGCGGCGUUUUGGGAAAUUUCGAGUUAUCUUGUUAUUUAUUUUCUUGCACGCUUCCAUUGGAAUGCGACCUUGUUUGCUUUUAUCCUACCAUUUUUCCUCCUGCGGCUAGCAUUGAUGGUUGGCAACUGGGGUCAACAUGCAUUUGUUGACGAGGCCGACCCGAAUUCUGACUUUCGCUCCAGUAUCACCCUGAUUGAUGUGGCAAGUAACCGCUUUUGCUACAAUGAUGGCUAUCACACCUCGCAUCACCUUCAUCCAAGGAGACAUUGGCGCGAACAUCCAGUUGCAUUUCUUAAACAAAAACAGCGCUACUCUACGGAGCAUGCUCUGGUGUUUCGCAAUAUCGAUUAUAUGAUGAUGACAAUCAGGCUCUUACGAAGGGACUACAUGUACCUUGCAAAGUGCCUUGUCCCUAUUGGUAAUCAGAUUGAUAUGAGUUUGGAUGAAAUAGCGACCAUGCUUCAGGCAAAGACUCGUCGAUUUACAAAAACGGAAAUUCAGGAAAAAUUUGGAAAGAAAAAUGGUCGAUAA